AUGAACACGACGCUCGAGUUCUCGGCUACUGUCCGCGUAUGGGUAGGGACAUCCACGGAACCAACAUAUAGCUACGAGUACGGCGCUGACCUUUACUAUGAUUUGAGUUAUGGCGCGUACGCCAAUAUACUUGGCGGUAGUUGGAUUUGGCAUUUCCAGCCAGUCUCCCUUUAUAGUGGCCAGGGGAUGAAGUAUACGAUCUACCAUAACGACAACGUGGAAUCUGAGACCACUCUCAACUUGAAAAGAGAUCUUGGACAUAGUCAUCUGAGGAAUCAUCAUGACCAUGGUCACUCGCACACGCAUCACCAUCGCCGUCUGGUAAUGGAAUUCGACCAUGGUCCUCUAGAUGAACUGUCUGAGCUCGGUGUGUUCGAUGAUGGUAACGAUAAUGAUGCCGAGGACAUCUGGCACGAUGGUGAAAUCAGGCCAUACAAGCCACUCUCUCUCCCACCCAAGCAACUCCGCCAUGACCGGCGGAAGACCGUGGGUUCAAAUGCCUGGCAACAUGCGAACGCCACCUUCCACCUGCCGAGCGCAGAACCGGCUCUCUACAAACGCGCGGGUGACGACGACAUAGACAUGCCAGAUGCCGAUACUUCGUCGCAAUUCUUCAACUACCAGAACUUUACCUGUCCAGCUCGGGGAACCCGGGAACCUAUCCUCCCGGAUUUCCGAUGUAAGUAG